CCAAGGAAGAUGACAUUUUCUAUGUCGAUGGUGAAAAUACAAGAGAGAUUGAGCAAUGCUUCUUCAUGGCUAUUCGCUCGAGUUUUUUGGUUCGCCGGCUGGAUGACCACUUCAUCGUGGAGUCUUAUGGUCCUCACCGCUUCAGCCGUCAAUUUAGCUAUUACCAAAUCGUACCCAGCAGCCUUACUCAGAACAUUCGAAGGACAUCUUUGGAAGAAGGUCUCAACCUUUGGCGCAUGUGUUUGCUGCACAGAUCGCGAUCAAGGGCAUGUUUUCCACGAUCUUCUUUGGACAUGAAGAUACAUUGUUCAGUCGACUAUAAGACUUGGUGGGAUAGGACGUACAGAUUUUCUUUUGAAAACAAAAUCUCUUCUCCGGCUCAUAUCACUUUUAAAAGAAAAUAUCAGGAAGAAGCAAUCAACUCCAAAGAUGGAAAGAGGAAGGUCGUCUCUACCACCCUUAUAGCUGAUUCUGGUAGUAGCAAUUCUGAGCGUAAUUGGAAAAAGAAGAGAAUUGCGGGGUCCUCAAAACCGGCCGAGGGUCACGUUGAGGAAGAGCCAACUCUAGUGGAUGCCGAUGUGAACAAGACUUUGAAAGAAGUGUUUGGAAAUAAUCUUGAGAAGGGCUCACCAAUCGACUGUGUAUCCAUUGAAUCCAAUAAGUCAAACGAGAUUCCUUGUCUUGCUAAACAAUCCCGCCCCCGACCAAUGCCAUCAUGUGGGGCGCCUUCCGAGUUCAAUGCCACACGCAUGAUCGAUGAUGAACUCAAGUCGUGCUGCAGGAUCAUCUGGGGAAAGCUUCGUGACAAGGUUGAGAGAACCAAAGUCGAGUUUCUAUCGGCGCUUGAAGACGAGAUACGGAGUGGCCUUUCCCGUAUGAAGAUUAUUUGUGGUCUUGACCUUUCCAACCUUGAAGAUAGUAUUGAUGAACUAUUCUCCAAAGCCACCACUUUUGAUAAAGUAAGGUCGGCUUCUCAUGAGAUCAAUGAAGGCCACACACUCAAAGUUCGAGAGGUCAAGGUUUGCCUUCAAGAGAAGUUUGCCAAAGAGAAGAAGGAUGCUGCGAAUUGUGAUGCUUUAAAAGCGGAUCUUGAUGAGUUGGAGAAACGCAAGAAAGAAUUGUUGGUGUCUUUGGAGCAGCGAAGCCUGAUACUCAAGACUACUCGUGGUGAGGUCAAGGUACUCAAGGAAGACCUGGCCAAGCUUGAGGAGGCUUCGAGAAAUGAUGAGGUCUUGAAGAAUUUGGAAGCCUUGAAGCUUUCACUAGAGUCUAUGCAGCAGAUUUUGAGAGAUCAAGACCCUUUUGCUUAGUAUAUUGCAUUUUUAUCAUUCCUCUUUUGAUGAUUCUCAUUUGGUUUGUCAUGGAUAUUUUGACAUCUUCUCCC